AGUGGUCGCGUUCCUGGCAACGGUUCCCCGAAGUGAAGUUCUGUUGAAAGUAAUAUGACACUGAAUUUGUUGGUGGUGUUGCCGUUAUUUUACCAUGAAGCUGCGAUGGAUUGAAUAGAGUUAGACUGUAAUCACGUUUGCCACAGUUUAGGCAUAAUUUGCGGCUCCAGUUAUCUAAGAUAUUAGAUUUGGAAAUUGCCCACAUCCGUGGUUGUUUGGACCGCGUGCACGCGCGAUGCCGCGCACGAGAGGAAUACCCGCGAUGUCCAGUCGCUGAUUAAUUGGGUUGACUCGAUCGUGCAAAGUCCGCGAUCCGGGACACACUUCUCGUGAUCUGAUUAUGGCAUCGGCGCCAGCCACGGCUAAAAUCCACAGGUGUGGUGGAGGAUAUGAUAUGCAGCAAAAACAGACCAAAGGACAUAGGCCUACCAUGCGUUAUCACACACCUGGAUCAGCAGGUCAGGGAUAUCAACCAAGUAAUUCCAAGAAGACGCAAAAGACAGCACCUAAUUCUGCCCCUUCCUGCUCCACCCAGCACGAAUCAAUUAACUCUUUGGAGGACGAACUGCCGACGAUUCUAAUCACGGCUGAGGACCUCGGCUUGGACAUCCCAAUGGACUCCUCAGGGAGGUUCGAGUCUUUGCCAUCGCCGGCAAAAUCACCCCGCCGUGUGAGCAUGACACCCAAAAUGCCCUCAGCCCGACCAAAGACAAGUUCGAAUUUCAGCCGCUCUCGGCAGGAAAUGGCCCCGGACAGCCGGCAAAGUGUGCGGCCAACUUCGUCCCGAAGUCCCCGAGCAUCGACAUCAAAGGCCGGAGGGUUGCAGAGGAGGCGGAGCCAUAGUGGCGGAAACAGGAGGGGGUCCAAGGAUAGGAGGCCCAAGCCUACUCCAGCCUGGUCGGUGACCGAGCUGCCUGAUGAUGAUUCUAUGGCCGCUGGUGGUUAUGAUGAAACUCCUGAGCUAAGUGAGAAUGAGUUGUCAGUCUCGUCAGCACAAACCCCAACAGAUGACCAGCCAUUGGAUGAGGACUUAGACAAGGAACUACCCGAGUCUGAGGGCUUGCGAUCAGACGAUCCAAUCAGGAGGCUGAUAGAAGGACCCCCCGUGGACGAUGCGGAGUAUGACACGGACCUAGAAGAAGAAUUUGGUCCUGAUACGGAGAUGAUUUAUGAUUCAGGAGGCAAGAAUAUCUACUUGGCAGAAUGUAAACAAGAAGGUGUGGACCCAGCAUCUUACGUAUUUAGGCACCUUCAUGAAACCACUUUCAUCAUGAGACAUCGCUACAUCGGCAUGCAGGCACUUAUCCCACUGGCCAAGGCGUUCAGGAGCAAUACUUGCACUGAAACACUGGAUUUGAGUGACAACCACUUAGAAGGGGACGGCGGGGCAAUCAUUGCUUACAUGAUGCGAGAUAACUGUUACAUCACUAAACUGGACGUCUCUGAAAACCAGAUCCGCUCCAAGGGAGCCUCCGGGUUUGCUUCGAUGCUGGAGACCAACUACACUCUCAAGAUCCUGUCUCUCAGUGGCAAUCAUCUGUCAGACCGAGAUGCGCUUCGCCUGUCUGAGGGGUUGAAGAACAAUAGUACAUUGACCCAAAUCGACCUCAGCCACAACGACAUGGGGGAGCUUGCUGGCGUACACUUAGCCUCAGCUUUGGCAUCUAAUGAUGGUCUGAUUUAUCUGGACUUGAAGUGGAACGGAAUACGAGGAAAAGGAGUCAUAGCCAUUGCCAAUGCACUGAGGGUAAAUACAACCCUGGAGGUUCUGGAUCUGUCCCAGAAUGGUGUCACUUUACCAGGCUGCACAGCAUUCCUACAAGCAUUGAAGGUCAAUACUGGACUCAGGAUUCUAGACAUGAGUUCAAACCACAUCAGUACUCCUGGAGCCAAAAAGCUUGCCCUCGGGUUGAAGAAGAACACGUCCCUUGAAGCCCUACUCCUUGGUGGUAACCCCAUUGGUGACGAGGGAGUGCUAGCUUUAAUCAAGGCCUGCCCGUACAGCACAAACCUGAAGCUACUCAGUCUACAGGAAAUCACAUUAUCCUUGAUGAUACAUCAGAAGAUGCAUGAAGUUCAGGAUUCUUGUAACCUGCACAUUCUGAGCAGAGAUUACAGUGGCCAUAGACGGACAGUGGCUGUCAGUCACCUUGUUGCCAUGGUAGAUCAGUUCAUCGUUAGUCAACAAGCCAAGGUUCUCUAUGGCUGCUUUGCAGUUGAUGAGCAGAGAACGUGCAUGAUGUCCUCACAUGACAUCCGGAAGGUUCUACUGGACACUGGGCUUGACCUGAGCAACGAACAAAUUAACAGUGCACUGUCACAGGUGGGAGUGCUGAACUCUGACAAAAUACAUUACAGACCACUACUUGACGGACUGUCUGCAUUUCAGCAAAGAGCCAGAUCACUGGUGAAAUAACAACAGGGGGGUGACAGUUGACAGUCUGUUCCUGUCAUCGAGACGGUGUUAAUUGUGGUGUAGGUUUUCAUUGGAAUUGCUUUUUUUUGUUGCCCCAGGCUCAGCUCCUUCUAUCUUGCCUUCAGGCCAGAGAUCUGUUUGAUCACAGCUAAAGGUUCCUUGGGGGAAGUCCUGCCUCCAACAAUUGCCUGAAUAUCUUAAUAGUUUCUCUGCUGCAGGGGGUUCUUGAGACCUAGGAUCCCCACAGCCAAGGCGUUCUUGUGGCCUAAGACUUGGCUUCCAUCUACUGAGAGACUCUUCUGAUUUUGGGCAAAGGGGGCAGAUCCAGAGCCAAAUUGGGAGGGAGGCAAAAAUUUGGCAAUGUUUUCAUGUAAUUGUUGAUGAUUUUUCUUGGCAUGCUUGGGUUGAAUGGACAUUUUAGGGCGUUUUGUAAGCUUUGGGAAGGAGGAGAAAUGGAAUGUACAAAAACUUUUGCCUUUCUCUCACUUUUUUAAAGAUCUAUUUAUUGAUUGAUUUAUUUUGUUGGGGGCCAUGGCCCCUGUUGGCCUACCCCCCACCCACCCUUGUUUUAGCAUUGUUCUGAAAUUGGGGAACCAUCGUUCAGGUGUCUGUAGCAAGGGUUCCAUAAAGGAGAGGGGGAGGGGUCAAUGAGUCAUAGUGAUGGUUCCUUACACAGUGGAUCGAUUUCUGGCUGUCUAAGGGUCAUCAUGUAAGAGUUUUAGAAGUCAGGCUUUUCUUUUGACCUGAUCGUUUUCCUCCCAUUAAGAAAGUAUUGCCUUGGUGAAUAUGAAAGCUAAUUUUGAAGGUCUCAUCCAAACAAAAAGUUUUAUCACCAAGCCUGAAGCAUUUUGAAGCAUAAUCGCUACUGCAGCGAAAAGCAUCUCUCUUUUCAUUCAGCUUCAUCAAGUUUUAAAGAUUUACUUUUCUAUUUUAUCAGCUUACGCAAGUCCGCAUAAGUGCGCAAUUUUAAGAUCACUUUAUUUUGCAUGCUGUGAAUAUUUGCAUACUCUGUGUAAGGCUUCUAAAGCCGAUGCUCUGUAUACUACCUGUAAUAAUGAAAUCAGCAAAUCCGUCCAUUUUUUUACCUCAAGAAAGUUUAUAUUUUCAAGAAACUUAUAUAUCCAGUAUGUAUCUAUUUUGGUAUUUUACUUUACAUAUAUAGAGAUUUUUUUUCAGUGUUGAGGUUAGGCCAUUUAUCUGCUGUGUGCAUGUAAUGGCUUUCUUGUGGUGAAAGCGUGCAUACUGUUUUCUUCUGUAGACUCACAUCAUGAAACGUGUAGGUACUGUACUACCCUCAGCAGCCUAUGCAUAAAUGGAAUAGAGUUUUGAAGUGUGGAUAUUUGAAGUGAUGGUGCUUUCAGUUUGCUGUGUAGGUGAAAGAUCAAAAUCAUUCUGACUAAACACUAUGGCGCCAUUUACCCACUAAGUUUGAAAGUUAAGAUAUUGUCAGCUUUUGUUUUUGCGAUGAUCAUACUUACAUCUGAAUACCACAAGACUCGAUUUACUCUCGCUAUAUGGUGUGCCUCAGGGAAAGUUUUGUCUUGCAACCUACAGCUCCAGCCUAGGUUUGGAGCCUCUGUGGUAGUGUUGCGCAUUGAGAGGAGUGCAGGGCUUGGAAUCUCUCUGACGAAUCUACGCAAAGGUCUCCGCAAACAAUCAUACUACGCAGACAAGCGCCUUAGAGGUCAGUCUGUAGUUCCAACAGAAAGUCUGCGAUGGAAAUUUUGAGAUGUGACGAGAAAUAUUGGUCCAGUUCAAUUAAUACCUAAGUUUAAUGUAUUGAACUGCAAGGAAUUUCCUCAAGAACUAGCAUUCUCAAUUUAGCAUUUCUUAUUCAAAGUUUCAAAGUGGUGCUUUUAAACAUUUUUCGGAUCCAGUCAACCAAAGCAUGAUGACGUGCUUCCAUGUGCACUUUGCUAUGGGGGAGUAAUUGCAGAAUACCCCGCCACUCUAAAAAACGACCCGUGGUUUGACUAGUUACGUGGGUACAAGGUGAAAA